AUGAAAGGCAAUAUCAUAUCCCUCAUUUUUACUAAAAUCUUUGCGUUUAUCUUUUUUAUAUGUAUAUACCUUUAUAACAAUGAUAUGAAUACCUGUGAUAAAUUAUUGAUUAAAAAGGAUAAGCUAUCUGGACAUUUAUAUUUAAGAACUAAUCGAUUACUAUCAAACGAUUCUUUAGAUUCUAUACUCAAUAAAUAUAUAUCACGUAAUAAGAAUAAUAAUAAAUUAUUAAAUGAAGAAGAGUUAUCUUUAUAUUCCACAGAUACUAUAUCAGAAAGCGAAGAUUUUAAAGAAAGACUAUCAUAUACAGAGGAAGUAGACAAAGUAGCUAAAAAAAAAAAACCUACUUCACUAAAUAGUGUAGAUACAUUUUUAGAAAGAAAAUUAUUCAAUAUAGAAGAUUCCGCAUAUAAAAUUAAGAAUAAAACAAAUAUUAAUAGAAAUAUUGAAAGUAUGAAAAUCUUCGUGGAGAUUGCUCUUCUUUUUAUUAAAUUCUUUUUAGCUUUGGUAAUAUUUUUUGCAGUAGUUACGAUAUUUAUUUAG